UUGUUGCUUCAGCCUCAUAUUGAGCUGUCCGCGACGUUACUGCCGCUGUAAUUUGCUCUCGAGCUGCUGAUACAGUGAGCGACAAUACACCUGUUCUCGUAUAAUAUCUUAUCUGCGGCGAGCCGCGUUAUUAAGCGCGGAAAUUAGUAGAUUAAGCUUGUGUGUCCUUGCUUUCGGUCUGGCGUUGCAGCAUUUGACAUUUGAUAUCGUUCUGUCAACAGCAAUGGCAGACUACGAUUCAACGCCGUCGCCUGUGUCGGAGGAAGAUUUCGAAGAGCUCAAGAAACGACUACAAAUGAUAUUUGAUGCAGACCCGGAGCAGUUUCACAACGACUACUCCAUCAAAAGGUUCCUGAGAGCCUUCCGAACCGUCGACGCUGCAUUCCAGGCAAUUCUCAAGUGUAACAAGUGGCGUACGGAAUAUGGCGUCAAGUCGAUCAGUGCCAAUGAUCCGGAUAUCAAAAGGAACAUCGAGGCAAAGAAGGCCAUGGUUCUGCCCAAUCGGGACUUCUAUGGCAGGCCCGUCAUCUACAUCCCUGCCUGCAAGCAUAACGUUCAGGAGCGGGAGAUCGACGAGCUGACUCGAUUCAUCGUGUACAUCUUGGAGGAGGCAUGCAAGAAGUGCUUCGAGGAAGUGGUAGACAACUUGUGCAUCAUCUUUGACCUUAAGGAUUUCGGCCUUAACAGCAUGGACUAUCCCCUUAUCAAAAACCUCAUCUGGCUGCUCAGCAAGCAUUACCCCGAGCGGCUGGGCAUCUGUCUCAUUCUCAACUCGCCUACAAUUUUCUCAGGGUGCUGGUCUGUCAUCCGCGGCUGGCUCAAUGAGGUCACAGCAAAAAAGGUGGUGUUCAUAGGCAGCCAAGACGACUUGGUGAAGUACGUCCACCCAGACAUACUGCCAAACCUCUAACGGAGGAUCACUUCUCUAGAGAGAAGAACCAUUGGGGGAUCACAACACAGCCGUCAGCCACAUCAUCCACAACCCAGUCUCCCUUCACAAACACCUGUGCUCACGGGCCAGAGGACGGCAGCAGCAAGACAAUGUGCGGAGCCCCACGUGGAUUCCAGUUGUUAGUUUUUCGGUCACCUGAACUUAGCUAUCGAGCCACAUCGAGUUAACCGCGUGACACGUCGUUGGCAGCUUCAUAGAAUGAGUCGCUUACAAUGAACUGGCUUUUAUUUGCACGUCCAUACUUAUUUACUUGUUGGCAACUGCUGUACAAUUAUUGUUAUCAUGUGAGAGAGGAUAUAGUUAUAUGAUUUUAUUGUGAAACGAGCUGUCGUGAGGAGUUUGUGAAUGAGGAUGCAUUUGCACCAUGUUCAAGGGCUUGGGCUUGUUGUGGCUGUUUUUUGCAAGCUAUUUAACAUUGCAAACGUCCACAUGCCGACAAAGGUGUCUUUACUUCACAGUUGUUUUAAGUUAUAUGUGCAUUUAUGAUUUGCAGGUGUUUUUCAACUGAGGUAUGUUAUGCUUGCUUCACUGUGCAUUUAGUGGGCCCCUCCCAACACGUGGACGCAAAAGGUUAUGGCAUCCCCACUGAACAGUGGUCGACAAUAGAAACCAACUAUCAUGCCUAUUAUACACAAUAGUACAUUUAAAAAUGUAACAGUUCCAAGUACUGACUAUGGUACUCUUAAGUAUCAAAACUCGUGCAUACAAUUUGAGAGCUGCAUUAAAGCUACUCCACAGGUGUUGCAUGCUUCCAACAUAUUUUCAUACAAAGCCUCUAAAUGUCAACAGAGCUUAACAAUUAAUGCCUGCGCGGAUAUUGGAAGAGAAAGAAGGCAUGCCAUAGUCAGGGGCGUAGCCAGAAAUGUCUUUUUUUCUUUGGUGGGGGGGGGGGGGGGUUCAACCAUACUUUAUGUAUGUUCGUGCGUGUGUUUGUAUGUGUGUAUGCAUAUAUACACAAGCAAAACUGAAAAAAUUUGGGGGGGGGGGGGGGUGUAGCCUCCAUCCCCUACUUGGUAAAGCCCCUGACCAUAGCACAUGAGCACAGUGAAACAGAAAUAUUGGCAUUAGGGAGCAACGGCAAAGUGUGGGCUGCUUCUUGGUAUUGUUCUUAUUGUUUGUGAACAUCCUGGUGUUUAUUUUGGCAUCUGUUCAAACUUUCAGAAGCACCCUGUGCGGCUCACAGUAAUAAACCUGUGUGCACGCUACAUGCUGAAUUUGGAAGUAUGGCAGCAGCCCGAUCGAUACUUUUAACACACGGGCAAACAUGAGAGGCAGGUUACUUCUGUAUGCACACACACAUGCACACAUGGAGCUUCAUCUGCACAAGUCUGUCUAAAGCGACUGAAAUGUAUAAUGGAAUUAAGUGUGGAAGGCACUGUUCUACUUGGGAUCAUUUGGUUAAGUGCUUUGAUUGCAUUAUGAACAUGCCUACAACAUAUAAAAGCAAUUACAAGCGUACUCUAGUAGGGCACUUCCCCUUCUCAUUUGUUUGCUUGCAAAUUGUGCAUGGCAAUAGAGCAACAUGGCUCUGUGGGUGUGUGUGUUUUAGGAAAGCAGCUUUCCUUGCAUCUAAUGUCAAAAAAAAAAAAAACCUCUUCUGCACACUCCCAUGAAAGAAGUUUCCAGUCACAGCCCACUUGUGAAGUGGCAGGUUUUUACUCUUUUGUUGCACUUUGGCGACAAGUUUACUUUAAAUGGGCUUUACUUAAAUUCGUUGUGUAGAAUGACAUCGGUGAUGGAGAGUGAGCACUUAUGAUGCGGCCAAGGUGGACAGCUAACCCUUAUUUUUCAACUCCGGCCGGCAUUUGCCUCAUUGCAGUUAUGUGCCUUUGAGCAUGGUGCAAUUGCUGUGCUAAUUAAGUUAUACGUACUAUGGAUUCGUGAAUAGCGUAUCCUGCAUGAUCCAGAGCUUGUGAAUGCGGUAAUGCUCAACGCGCAAUUUAGAAAGCAGUGUUGGAAGGAGCUGCCGCUUCCAAGGCAAAACGAGCUGAUGGGCAAGCCAGGACCAACAGUGGCAGGCAGCCACCCCCUCCCCCGUUUUUGUACAAACAUGUUGAUUUGUAGCUUGUACUGUUUUAAGGAGCAUAGUGGAACAGGUUCUUGAGUUCCUAGACUGGAGCGAUGGCAAGAAGGAACAAGGAAAUGCAGAGAUGAAAUUUGCUGUCAAUUUUGUUGGAUGCCGUGUUGGAUAGCAUCAGUAAUUUGACAAUGUUUCAGUAAAUACAGUGACAUUUAUUUAGGCAGACACAAGAGUAAUGAACUUGUUUACAGCUUUGCAGCAUUUCAGUUUCAGUUUAGAUGCACGCAACAUUUGUUGAUUGGCUCUGUAGAGUUGUUUUCUUGUUGGAUGAGGCAUUUGACAAAGUUAACAGGUCAUGCUUAGUAGGCAAGUUUUGUAUAUAAAAAGAAGUUGGCAGUUUUUGAGGAGAGACUUCAAACUGCACAAAGCCUCAAAUAUGGAUUUGUGUUGAACUGUAUGAACUACUUAGUAUGCUCAGUGAUGUGAGACUUUUUUUUGUUGUUUAUUUUUUAAGUUGUGACGGAGGUGCAAUCUUCACCAGUGAAUCAGGAGCACUGCUAGCUUAUUUACAAAUGCAAAUAGGAGUUACAUUAUAUUUGCAGCCAGCCUUCUUUAGUGUACAUAAGAGAAGAAA